UACCACCCACAGAACUCACCCUGACUUUGGCGACAGUGGACCUCGGCGACAGUGGACCUCGGCUGUGCCACCACUGGAAUUGAAGUAAAUUAUUCAAUUAAGCACCACAAUGUUUUCCAUUUCACCGAUAACAGUGGCAGUUACGAGUGAUGUGUUGAAUACAGAAGAACUACAACGACGGGCAAUGCGUGAAUCAAGAAUAGACACUUGCUACAUAGCACUGGGAGGCUUGGCGGUAGGAGUGGCUGUGAUGAUAUUAGUAGCUGUGGUGACAUUGAUAGGUCUCUACACUUCACAAGCCAACCGUAUUCUCAUCCUUACCAUUGUGGCUAUCACCUCCGUCGCUCUUAUCAUCAUCUGUUACGUUAAACCUCUAGAUACUUCGUGUUUAUCACAGAGGAAGGAGGACGUUAAGGCAGCUGACGAUCCACCUUCGUACGCGGAUGUACUCAAGGCAGAAGUACCUCCCCCAGCCUACUACACGGUGGUAACGGAAGAUCUGUACUUCCCCACCGUCGCUCCUACCACCAUGGGGGCUGGCUUCUAUCUGCCAGAGACACCGCGUACCAAACAUGGAGCUACUACUUGCAAGAUGCCAAGAGGCACCCCGACCCUGCGUAGAUGGUAUAUUGCGUCGACUCACAGCCCAUCCAACGUCAGGUCCUCUACUAACCCCUCCGUUAUCACGUCCUUUGGUAGCCCCGUGAUCAUCAGCUCGUCCAGUAGCCCUAUCGUCAUCAGGUCCCCCAUUAGCCCCAUUUUCAUAAAUUCAUUUGACAGCCCCACUGUUAUCAGGUCAAUGGAUAACCACGUAUCUGUCGGGUCAAUUAAGAGUACCCCUGUUCUUAGUUCACUUUCGGGCUCCGCCUUUAGCAGGUCCCCAAGUAGCCCUGCCCUUGGUAAGCUGGGGAGCAGCCCCACUCUGACCCAGCACUCUAGUAAGGCGUCCAUAUUCAAGUCACCUAGUAGCCCCACUUUGGGGAAGUCUCUUAGCAGGUCGUCUGAUAGCCCCAUCGUCAGCUGGCCAUGUGGCAGCCCCGUCGUCAGUAUGUCGUGUGGCAGCCCCAUCGUCAGUAUGUCGUGUGGCGGCCCCAUCGUCAGUAUGUCGUGUGGUAGCCCCAUCGUCAGUAGGUCGUGUGGCAGCCCCAUCGUUAGUGGGGCGUGUGGCAGCACCAUCGUUAGUAGGUCGUGCGGCAGCCCCAUCGUUAGUAGGUCGUGUGGCAGCCCCAUCGUUAGUGGGGCGUGUGGCAGCCCCAUCGUUAGUAGGUCGUGUGGCAGCCCCAUUGUCAGUAGGUCAUCUGGCAGCCUCAGCGCCAGCAAAUCAUCUGGCAACCUCAGCAGGUCGUCUGGCAGCCCCAUCUUCAGCAAAUCAUCUGGCGGCCUCAGAGUCAGCAGGUCAUCUGGCAACCUCAUUGUCAACAGGUCGUCUGGCAGCCUCAACGUCAGCAGGUCAUCUGGCAGUCUCAACAUCAGCAGUUCGUCAGGCAGCAUCAACAGGUCAUCCGACAGCCCCCGUGCCAUCGCAUCGUCAGGCAACUCCGUCUUCAGUUACGAGAGUAGAGCACACCGUCACGGAGGUCUUCAGGCAGUGUCAGGUGCGGAGGUGGAGAGACAGAGUAACCAAAGGCCGCAGCAUCUUGGUGUCAUCCUUAACGUGGCGGGUCUACAAACUGCACCAAAACCCCUGGGCAACCACAACGCGUCACCAACAGGUAGAACCAGGAACAUAAUGGAUUCACAAAUAUAUUGGUACAAUAUGUACUGUUAGACGAUUUGGUUAGCAAGAGGUGCAGUUAGUUUUUGGGAUUAAGAAUAAAAAAAAACACUGUCAAUUGUAUAGAUCAUGGACAUAAAGCAAUAGCUUUAUAAAUGGCUCACAGUAUACUGAUGUUUCUCGUGUGCAUGUAAGACUCGUCAGUAUCACUAAGAAACGCUUUUUUCCUUCAUUAGAUGCUUGUCAUAACAUAAGUAGCAUUGAACUCUUUUAUGAUAGAUGCUAUCACUUACAGUACAGCAUUACAGACAUCCUUCUGUAAAUUAAGCAGAAACCUAAUUGCUUACCUAUUGCUUACUAUACUUACACUAAAGGAACAAGUAUACAGUAAUGGUAAUUCUAUCGAUAACCGUGCUAGGCAGAUGAAUCACAAAUUUAGACAAAGUGACGAUUUUCAAAUGGUAAAUUUGUAAAAUACUUUCUUAGAAAUAUUUGUGUACAUUGUUUGGGGGGUGUUUUGUUUUGCCUUCCCAGGAGUUACAAUACAAUGACCAAAACACAUUACAUGGAUCUGUAAUAAAUAACUUUUUUUUCUCUAAAACAACUGAGAUAACUGGUGCGCGAAACCUUGAACUUCGGACAACAUGAUGCAUCUUGAUUACUGCACUGUACUUUCAGGGUUCAACUGUCACCAGACGCCGCUCGAGUCGUGUUGCUCAUGGAGUCGCGAUAAGCACUUUGUUUACUAUGCAAAUUUAAAUCUUCACAUUAUUCAGCUACAACUGUGUCUCACCUCUACAUGGAAGUAUAGUGUUUGACACAUUUAUUGAAAAUUUUUGAAACGCCUCUACGUCUUUGGGUUGGGUUGAAAUAAUUAUAUAUUAGUUGUAAACACAAGUACGAGUUAUUUGUUGCAAUGUAUUUAAAGCAAAUAUACAUUUAAAAUAUU